GUGAAGGCGGAAGCAGCCGCAGCCGCAGAUCCGUGAGACCAUGGCCGCCUCCAGCCCCGAGGCGCCCGUCGUGCUGGUGGACGAGCUCCCGUCCGACCCGCUGCUGCACGUCCUGUCCUUCCUGAGCUUCCGGGACCUGAUCCACUGCAGUUAUGUCAGCAGGAGAUUGAACGAACUGUCCAAACACAACCCGCUGUGGAAGAGUCACUGCUCCAAACACUGGCUGCUGUCAGAUGCGGACCGGCUGCAGAGUGGGCUGUCCUGGUUCUGUCUCUUCAAACAGAACUACAGAGACCUGGGUCGCUACAUCCAGUUCUACCCGGAGCUGAAGAGAGCGUGGGAGCAGCUGAAGAGCUUCCUGCUGCAGAGGUGUCCACGCAUGAUCGCCUCCCUCAAAGAGGGCGCCACCGAGGUGGAGCUGAACGACAUCGAGGCUCAGAUUGGCUGCAGCCUCCCACAUGACUACCGCUGCUCGUACCGCAUCCACAACGGACAGAAGCUGGUCAUCCCCGGGCUGAUGGGCAGCAUGUCUCUCUCGAACCACUACCGCUCGGAGGUGCUGCUGGACGUGGAGACGGCGGCGGGCGGCUUCCAGCAGAGGAAGGGCAUGAGACGCUGCCUCCCGCUCACCUUCUGCUUCCACACCGGACUCAGUCAGUACAUGGCGCUGGAGCCCGCCGAGGGACGCAGGAUGUUCGAGAGCUUCUACCCCUGCCCCGACCAGACGGCUCAGGAUCCCUCGGCCAUCGACAUGUUCAUCACAGGUUCCUGUUUCGUAGAGUGGUUCACAACCUACGUCCACAAUGUGGUCACAGGAGAAUAUCCAAUCAUCAGAGACCAGAUCUUCAGGUACGUGCACGAUAAAAACUGCGUGGCGACCACUGGUGACAUCACCGUCUCAGUUUCUACCUCUUUCCUGCCGGAACUUUCCUCCGUCCACCCGCCGCACUUCUUCUUCACUUACCGCAUCAGGAUCGAGAUGGCGAGCAGCGCUUCGCCCGAAGCCGCGUGUCAGCUCGACAGCCGCUACUGGAAGAUCACCACGUCCGACGGCAACGUGGAGGAGGUCCAGGGACCCGGCGUGGUCGGAGAGUUUCCCGUCAUGACGCCUGGAAAAGUCCAUGAAUACGCCAGCUGCACCACGUUCUCCACGCCGUCGGAGUACAUGGAGGGUCACUACACCUUCCACAGACUCGCCAAUAAGGAAGAGGUUUUCCACGUGGCGAUCCCUCGCUUCCACAUGGUCUGCCCCCCCUUCAGGGAGCCGGUGGUACGAACGCACAAACCGUCGACCAGCUUCACGCCGCGCCUCGACGACCACGAGCCUGACGACGAGUACUGCGACGGAGACGGCGAUGACUUCGGCGACCUGAGAGGAAUCAACAUGGCCGCCCUGGAGGGGGCGUGGUGUCCCCGACACAUCUGACCUCUGACCCCCCUCCCUGCAGGGUGAUGAACUCUAUUCAGGCCUGGUUGGUGAUGGACUCUCUCCGUGUGGAGCCGAGCGGCGUGCGGACGCUGAGGUGCACUCUCCUUCUUUUCUUACAACCUUUCUCUUUGUGAUCAGAAACUGUCGGGGGGGGGGGGGGGACGACACGAUGAUGUCACCGUCUUCUCCUCCACUUAAAGGACGUCGUCCAUCCAUCAGCUGACUUCCUGUUCGGUGUCGGAGCGGCACCAAUCAGGAUCGAGCGGGAGCUUUGUGUUUUAGUUUGUUCCUCCGUAGAAAGAUUUGGUUCUUUAUUGUUUAGAUGGUUUCCACUGCAGGAGGCGGAGCCUGUUCCCCGGCUGGUUCUCUGGUCCAUCAACCGGUUUCUCUCUGAUUUGAACAGAACCAACAGGAUUCACUUCAGACUCUGAUCAGUGUAAGAGCGCCCUCUGCAGGACCACAGGGCAAACUACCUGCAGCACAAGAUGGAGGCUUCCUCCACACUGACCCUUUUCACUUUGAACUCUAAUCACUGUUGCUAUGGUUACUGCAGUUUUCCAGACUUGUGUAAACGAUAAACACACAAAGUGAGACUUUAGAGAACGAUGACGCAGAGGUUCUGUUCCUGAUUGGUUCUCAUCAGUCACAUGACUCACUCAGAAAAUAACUCCCUGCUCUGACUCUUCACUGUUCCUCUGUUACUAAGCAACCGACAUGCUACUUCCUGUUUACAUCACAUGACCUGUGGACGUGAGCGGUCAUGUGACGUGUUUUCUGGUGUUUUAAUUUAAAAUUAAAACAUAUCAGUGUGGGCGGAGCCUCAGGAACAGAACAGGUCUUCUUCUUGUGCUCGGUUGUUACAGUAGAAUCAACGUCAUUCUUCUUCUCUUCGUUUGCUCGUUUCUCAGAACAUGAAAUCUUCUUCCUGACGUUGACGCUAACGAACAGUUUGAUAUAAGCUCAUUUAUUUACCUCAUGUCUCCGCACAUUAAGCCAACGAUGUUACGACGUAUUAUUUUGAAAGUCCGUUUCCUGCAGUGGAAAAAUAAUCAGUGUUUCUCUGUUUUCUGAAAUCCAAUGAGGAACAGACUGGGCUUUUAUUUUGGAGGAUGCUGCGUGGUCAUGUUUUUGUUCUGGGAUGUUUUUCUCUCCUCGUGAGGAGGCGUCGUCGUGGUUACGCUCUGAUGUGAUUGGUGGGUUUGUUUUUGUAUGUUUUGGUUAAAUAAAAAAAAAACUGACAACUG